AUGAUUUGCUCCGCGAAGUUGAAAUGCAUCUUGCAAUCGAUCGCGAUCUUCUCUUACUUGGCUGCAGGCCACCCAAGAUUUCCGGCGGCUGUGGAAGAUGAUGUCUCUGCAUUUGAUUGGGAUGAUGAUGCAUUCAUCGAUGAGGAGCCAAUUGCUAGAAGAUCAAAUAUCGACAUUCGCAUCGGUGGAGAAUUGGUGGACUUCCCCGAGGCCGCACAACUCGUCCAGCGACAAGAUCUUGGUGAUGGGCCCGCCAACACCAAUCCAGCUACAGCUGGAGGAACGUUGACUGACAUCUUGACAGCUGUGAAUGCUUUCUUCUAUUCAUGGUGGCUAGCGGUUGGGUCGUCAGGUAGCCUUGCAUCGGACAACAUCGGCAAGAUCGUGCAGAUUCUCGACCCCCCUGCCAAAACAAAUUUCUUGAUCAAUGGCUUACUCGUUGCGUUCCAAAGCAUCUUCGCUAUCGUUCCUGGUGUCGCGGGUGUCUGGGCAUCACACAGCGCCCUCAAUUACAGGUUUCAGCUCGGAGCGCAGGUGAUAUCCAACGCGCUUGCCACAGCGCCAAAUGUUGGACGCUUUCUCUUCCCAACUGAUUCCUCCGCGUCUCAGGUGGUACAGCUCGCUGAACUGUCGAACAACUUCGGCACGAUUCUUCAACAAGUGCAGAGCAAUCUCAAUCAGACCCUUGUCCAAGUUAUGUCAAAUGUCACGGAAUUUUUGGCCUUUGCCGAACAAGGCAAUUUCUCUUCGAAACCACAGUCCCUUCCUGAUCAGACUGGUUACUUGUAUUACGCCUUCAAUACAUAUCUCAUUUCGCAGGCGCUGAAUGGAAACAACAUCUAUGGCGUGAUUGGCAAAGGUACAGAUCCUCUUCAACUGAAGACGAAUGGCUCUACACUCGCCCACAAUUUCGACGUCAAUUGCGACCAAUAUGACGCUCAAAAUGUCUGCGAUGCAUGGUGGUACAGCGGGAACUAUCGAUCAGCGUUUACCUUGGACAACUUCAGUAAAAUGAACGUAAAUUAUGGCGCCGAAUUGACCACCCUGUUCACAAAUCUCACAUCUGGAGAGCUUCUAUUCGAAGGAGCUUAUGCGUGCGCGUCACAGGGCCUCUUUGGUGGACCAGUAAACGUGACCGUGACCAAGAAAGGCGUCAACACUGCAUGCAUCUCACAGUUGAGGAUCCUGACAUGGGACAUGACUUGUCAUGAUGAAAAUGGAGCGCGAGACGCUACUAGCUGUGAGUUCUUGGAAGCGCCCGAGCAAAACACUUUCUGGUAUAGCCAAUCGCUGUGGCGCGGCGCUUCGACCAGGAGGUACAGUGUCCCUUAUGGUUAUCUGGGACCAGGUGUGACUCAGAAAGAUUUGUACUUGUCUCGAACCUAG